UUGACUUAAUGCAAAUAGUACUUCGUAGUUUUCGUUUAGUGAGCUUGAAUUACGUAAGGAUAUCUGAAUAAAAUACAAUUAACCAUGUCAAUUUUUCUAAAACGCACCCUAGGUACUGGGUGCAACCUUGGGCGCGUUGUUUUGAAUAACAACCAAUAUUCUCGCCUUCAGCGAAUGGCCACAAAAACCGAUCAAGCAGCCCCACAAGUAGAAACAAGGCCGACCGUAGCCAAAUUAGACCCUUUGCAGAAGUCUCAGCUAAUAGAUUUUGGCAAAUAUGUCGCAGAUUGUAUGCCGAAAUACGUACAAAAGGUACAGAUUACUGCCGGAAAUGAACUGGAGGUUUUAAUUCCGCCCGAUGGAGUCAUCCCUGUGCUGCAGUUCCUGAAAGACCACCACAGCGCGCAGUUCGCUAACCUCGUCGAUAUCGCGGGCAUGGAUGUUCCGAGCCGCCCAUACAGAUUUGAAAUUAUCUAUAACAUAUUAUCUUUACGUUACAAUUCUAGGAUCAGGGUGAAGACCUAUACAGAUGAGCUGACUCCUCUUGAUUCGGCUUGCGAAGUGUUUAAAGCCGCCAACUGGUAUGAGAGAGAGAUCUGGGAUAUGUUUGGAGUGUUCUUUGCUAACCAUCCUGAUCUGAGAAGGAUCUUAACUGAUUAUGGAUUUGAGGGUCAUCCAUUCAGAAAGGACUUUCCUCUCAGUGGCUAUGUGGAGCUGCGCUACGAUGAUGAGCAGAAACGUGUAGUGGUGGAACCUUUGGAGUUGGCUCAGGAGUUCAGGCGCUUUGAACUGAGUGCCCCAUGGGAACAAUUCCCUAACUUCCGAGGAAAUCCUGCUGCAGAGGAAGUAGUGAACCCAGGAGAAGAUCAACCUAAGAAACAAUAGAUUAUUAUGUUUGUUAGGUGAUAAAUUAUGUUAUUAAAUAAAUGUAUGUAAAAUACAUUAAUUUAGUCCCUG